AGCCCCGAGGCCUGACGUACAGGAGAGAGCGCGAGAGAGAGAGAGAGGGAGAGAGAGAGAGAGAGAGAGGGAGAGAGAGAGAGAGAGAGAGGAGGGGGGUUAAGAAAAAAAGAGGACCAACUUUCUCUGGUUUCUAACUGCAGGAUCUGCCUCGCCUAGGGGCUUCAGCACUGCGCUUCUGUGAAGUGCCCUCCCACCCAGGGGUGUGCAGUGGUGUGUAUGAGGAAGUGUGUGUGAGCCGGAGUUUCAGGAGCCAUGUCGGACCCCAGGGACAUCGAUGAGGAUGCCAUCCUCAAGGGCCUCAGUGCUGAGGAGCUGGAUCAGCUGGAGUAUGAGCUGCAGGAGAUGGACCCAGAGAAUGCCAUGCUGCCUGCUGGCUUCCGGCAGCGAGACCAGACGAAGAAGAGCCCAACAGGUCCAUUUGACCGUGACGCCCUGCAGCAGCAUCUAGAGAAAGUGGCCAUGGAGCACGCGGACAGAGAGGAUCUGGUGCCUUUCACCGGGGAGAAGAAAGGAAAAGCUUUCGUGCCAAAGAAACCCAAAGAGCUCCCUGCACAUGAGCAGGUGACACUGGAGCCGGAGCUGGAAGAAGCUCUGAAGAACGCUACAGAUGCAGAGAUGUGUGAUAUUGCAGCUAUCCUUGGCAUGUACACACUGAUGAGCAACAAGCAGUAUUAUGAUGCUCUGGGCACCACAGGAACCAUCGCCAACACAGAGGGCAUCAACAGUGUAGUCAAACCAGAUCCAUUCAAGAUUUUCCCCGAUGAGCCGCCCAACACCACCAACGUGGAGGAAACCCUGGAGAGAAUCCACAACAACGACAGCAGCCUGACUGAAGUCAACCUCAACAACAUCAAGGACAUUCCCAUCCCAACACUGAAAGAGAUCUUUGAGGCGAUGAAGGGAAACUCUCAUGUGGAGUCUCUGAGCAUCGCCGCAACCCGCAGCAACGACCCUGUGGCCUUUGCGUGUGCUGAGAUGCUGCAGGAGAACACAAGCUUGCAGAGUCUUAAUAUUGAGUCAAACUUCAUCACUGCAGAUGGCAUGAUGGCGAUCAUCAAAGCUGUGGCCAAAAAUGUCUCACUGGUGGAGCUCAAGAUCGACAACCAGAGGCAGAAGUUGGGAGACUCAGUUGAGAUGGAAAUCGCCUCCAUGUUGGAGAACAACUCCAGCAUCCUGAAAUUCGGUUACCACUUCACCCAGCAGGGUCCCCGCGCCAGAGCUGCUAUGGCCAUCACACGAAACAAUGACAUGAUUCGCCAGCAGAGAUUAAGAUGAGAACAACAAGGAGCAAAAAGAACAACCUGCAAACCGCCAUUGUGCCAGCUUUCCAGUUUUUGUGCACCAGAGUUGAACGAAUCCUCCCAAAUAAAGCUGGAUAGUUGUGCAUGGUGCAACCCAAUUAACAUCUAUGUCAGAUCAUUUCAUUUCAUUCUCCAUCUCCAGCUUUUUGUAGACUGCUGAAUUAUCAUAAAGGCAUGUAUAGGUCACAAGCGAAAAUGUGAAGUGUCUUUUUUUAUGCUUUUAGUUUGUGCAUCGCCAACGUCAUCCCAAACCAAAUCAGAUAACCCUUCAUUCACUGAAAAUAAACAUUUCUAAUGUGGUGCUAUAUGUGGGAGGAAAACAAACUGUAAAUACUUUAAAUAAAAUAUAUAUUCAAGUA